AUGGGAAACCCGUCCGCACUCUUUCUUACCCUGGGGUUAUUCCAACCUCUCGCUCUCGCUUUAUCUUCUAGCUCUGCUCAGCAUCUUGUUCUCAAUCGUCGGAGCUCGGCGGUGACCAGCAAUGCCACCGCAGGUCUGUUGGCCACGACGUUCGGCACAAUUUUCGACGUCAAUGUCACCAUCGGCGGUGAAACAUUCCCUCUCCUAGUCGACACUGGAAGCAGCGACACAUAUGUAAUGAAGAAGGGAUAUCAGUGCUUCGAUAAGGCCAAUGGUACCGAGCUUCCGCAAACUGCCUGUUUGUACGGCAGUGCGACGUAUUCUCCGUCCGCUACCUAUUCUCAAAUUCCGAAUGAGAUCUUUGGGGUUCAGUAUGGCGCCGGCAUUGCCUCUGGUGUCUUAGCCCAGGAAGAGGUCACCCUCGCUGGCAUCACAGUCAAGGAUGCAAUCAUCGGGGUGGCCAACAGCUCGACUCCUAUGGGUGACGGCGUCAACUGCGGCCUCUUGGGCCUUGCGUAUCCGGCAUUGACAUCGGGUCAUCCGGGCAAUGUCACGGACAACACGACCUACUUCUACAACCGUCUCACUUACGAUCCCCUGCUGUUCACCAUGCACCAACAAGGUCUAAUAGACCCAUAUUUCAGCCUGGCCUUAGCACGAACACCCCAGAAUGCCACCCUUGGUUUCGGCGGGUACUUGUCUCUCGGUGGUCUUCCACCCGUCCCACACAGCGACGAAUUCACCAGUGUCCCAGUCGAAAUUGACAAUUCCGUCCCCGUGCAAGUCACAUCCAACGAGCGUGUCCGUGCCUACUGGACCCUGACCGUCUCGGCUAUUGUCUACGGACCUGGGAAAAGCACCACGUCCCAUACUGCUCCUCAACCUAACAACAUCACGACCUCUUCCACACACAAAAACACCACCGCAUUCCAAGCAUUCAUCGACAGCGGCAAUUUCUUCUCUUACCUUCCUGACACAGUGGUCACCAGCAUAAACUCCCUGUUCUCACCUCCCGCGGUAUUCGAUGCCACCACUGGCUUGUGGGCAGUCGAUUGUGCCGCCAACGCACCUCAAUUCGGCCUUGAGAUCGGCAACCAGACGUUCUUUCUCGACGGACGUGAUCUGAUCUACCAGACUGCUCCACCAAGCAGUGGUGAGGCACAAUGCGUCUCCAACAUCUUGAGUUCGGACUUCAAUGGAGGAACGGAAGGCGACAUUACGUUAAACAUCAUUGGCGCACCCUUUCUCAAGAACGUGCUUACGGUCUUCGACUUUGGAGCCAAUGAAAUUCGGCUGGCGAAAUUGCAGGGAGAGGUCACAGAGAGCGAGAGUCAAGCUCAAAGUGGAAGUGGUGGUAGUGGUGGGAAUGGUGCUUCUGGAAGCGGGACCGAUGAUGGCACUGCCUCAGCCAGCAAUGCCGGCUUAUCUGCGAAGACUUGGAACUCCUGUUCGUUCUUCGCACUGCUGACUUCGAUCGUCGGUGUUGGGCUCUGCUUGUUCUGA